CAAAGUUUCAUCUCAAAUUGCAGACAAAUUAAAAGAUGUGCAGUCCUUGAGCUUUACUACAGAUAUUUGGAGCUCCGAUGUGUGCCCCAUGUCUCUUAAGUUUAACUGCACAUUGGGUGGAUGCGAGUUAUGCUUUGCAAAGCACUGUGCUACACGUUAAGGAAUUACGAGGGUCACACACCAGCAGCGUGAUUUCAGCAUCCAUCAAAGAAAUGUUGGAUGGGUGGAAAAUCCCUAUAUCCAAAGUACAUGUGAUUUUAAGGGACAAUGCCAGCAAUAUGAAGAAGGCAAUGGAUGACCUUGGGGUCCCUAGUUUGGGUUGUGUCGUGCACUCACUACAGCUUGUUGUUAACGAGGGACUUUUGUCACAACGAAGUGUAAGCGACGUGAUUGCAAGUGCUAGAAAAAUUGUGGGGCACUUCAAACAUUCCCCGUUAGCAUACUCGCGUUUGUAGGAUCUUCAGCGCGAAUUUCAAAUGCCUCUGAAGCGUCUUCAGCAAGACGUCAAAACCAGAUGGAACAGCACAUAUUACAUGAUUCAGAGCAUCUUAGAACAGAAGCGAACUUUAUGUGCAUUUGCUGCCGACCACGAGCUGCCUGCAUCGAUGACUGCAAACCACUGGGCAUUGCUCGAGAAAACAAUGAUUGUACUGUCACCAUUUGAAGAACUGACUCGAGCCAUAAGCUCAUCAAGUUCAACAACAGCGGAUGUUAUUCCAACAAUUUCAGUUCUGAAACGUCUGCUAUCUCAGGAGAGAGACACGGACGCAAGGAUUAAAACAAUGAAAAGUACGCUACUACAAGCGGUCAACACAAGAUUUGGUAACAUCGAAGAUGAACCACUUUACUCCUUGGCAACUUUACUCGAUCCACGGUACAAAGACAGAUGCUUUACAAAUGAAGAAGCUGCCAUGCAUGCAAAAAAUGCCCUGAUUCAAGAGGUCGAGAAGAGAGAAAAAGCACUAGAGACAACAGCAACUACUGCUUUAGCCACUGCAGCGGAUCCAGCAGAGAUGGUUUCCCAUGCAAAGGCAAGUGGGUCCAGUGGACAUACAAGCAAGAGCACCUUCAUGAUGAUGUUCGAUGAAGUUCUCAACAAGGAACAAGAAGAAUCUGAAGGAGGAAUCAUUCAAACAUCUGCUCUUGUACAAGUACAAGCAUAUAUGACAGAGAAACUUAUCCCUCGGUCUGAAAAUCCGUUUCAGUACUGGGCAGUGAACAAUUCUCGUUUCCCUGCCCUUGCUGCUACUGCAUCAGCUUUUCUCUCUGCCCCCUGUACCAGUGUGGAGAGUGAAAGACUAUUUAGCACAGCCUCCAACAUCAAAGACGAAAAAAGAAACCGACUACUAGCAGAGAGAGCAGAAAUGCUAAUAUUCCUGAAAAAAAACCUGACAAUGUUUAUCAAGUGAAUCCUGACACAGGUUUCUGUCAUUGGUGACGUCUAAAUACUUAGACAUGGUUGUUCCAUUGGUUGUUGCAAUGUUGCAUUGCACUAUUUUCUUUUGAUGAGUGCAAGGUUUACUAUUUAAUACAUUUUGCAUUGUGUUUCAAAAGUUCUAAUUUAAGGUUCACUUUAAAAUAGUUUUUUCUCCAGAAAAUAAUUUCAUUUAAUAAUU